GGCGGGGCCUGGGGUACGCGAGAUUGGCGCGCAGCCCGGAAGGUUUCGGCGGGGUCGCACCUGUUGCGUGACUCCCCCGUAGCCCGGCCACAGGAGCCGGAUCCCUAAUUGAUUCCCAGAAAGUGGUGAAAGAACCCUAGGCGAAUUCCGGGUCCGGUUUUCUGGGGAGCACGUGGCCUGUUUCCUCUUGAGUGCAGGCUUGGGGUCGCGACUCCGGGGUCUCCUGAGGUCAGUCUGGCCGCUGAAGUCGGCGGGAGUCCGCCCCCCGGCCAGCUGGCCAUUUUGAAAACCUUGCCUUCCUUCCCGCUUCUCAGUGCGGGUGCAGGGGCCAGUGGCGCGACUUCGCCCCGGUGGGGGCCCUCUCCCCUCUUCAGCCCGGCUCCCUCGCUGUGCAGACUUUCGUAGGCUGCCUUCCUGGUCCACGCGGGACUUGGGCAGCAUGGCCUCAGAAGCUCGAAGCGGUCUGGGGGCCUCUCCGCUACAGUCUGCCCGAUCCCUGCCAGGCAACGCCCCUUGCCUCAAGCACUUCCCGCUUGACCUGCGCACGUCUAUGGAUGGCAAAUGCAAGGAGAUCGCUGAGGAGUUGUUCAGCCGCUCACUGGCUGAGAGUGAGCUUCGUAGCGCCCCUUAUGAGUUCCCAGAGGAAAGCCCCAUCGAGCAGCUAGAAGAACGGAGGCAGCGGCUGGAGCGCCAGAUCAGCCAGGAUGUCAAGCUGGAGCCAGAUAUUCUUCUUCGAGCCAAGCAAGAUUUCCUGAAGACAGACAGCGACUCAGACUUACAGCUGUACAAGGAGCAAGGAGAGGGACAGGGUGACAGGGGUCUUUGGGAACGUGAUGUGGUAUUGGAACGGGAAUUUCAGCGGGUCAUCAUCUCUGGGGAGGAGAAGUGUGGGGUGCCAUUCACAGACCUCUUAGACGCAGCCAAAAGUGUGGUUCGGGCACUUUUCAUCCGGGAGAAGUACAUGGCCCUAUCACUGCAGAGCUUCUGUCCCACCACCCGCCGUUACCUGCAGCAGCUGGCUGAGAAGCCCCUGGAGACUCGAACUUAUGAGCAGAGUCCUGAUACCCCUGUAUCUGCUGAUGCCCCAGUGCAUCCCCCUGCACUGGAGCAGCACCCGUAUGAGCACUGUGAGCCAAGCGCCAUGCCUGGGGACCUGGGCUUGGGUCUGCGCAUGGUGCGUGGUGUGGUGCACGUCUACACCCGCAGGGACCCUGAUGAGCACUGUCCGGAGGUGGAGCUUCCAUACCCUGACCUACAGGAAUUUGUAGCUGACGUCAAUGUGCUGAUGGCCCUGAUCAUCAAUGGUCCCAUAAAGUCAUUCUGCUACCGCCGGCUGCAGUACCUGAGCUCCAAAUUCCAGAUGCACGUUUUGCUCAAUGAGAUGAAGGAGCUCGCUGCUCAGAAGAAAGUGCCACACCGGGACUUCUACAAUAUCCGUAAGGUGGACACACACAUCCACGCCUCGUCCUGCAUGAACCAGAAACAUCUACUGCGCUUCAUCAAGCGGGCCAUGAAGCGGCACCUGGAGGAGAUUGUGCAUGUGGAACAGGGCCGCGAGCAGACGCUGAGAGAAGUCUUCGAGAGCAUGAACCUCACUGCCUACGACUUAAGUGUGGACACGCUGGAUGUGCAUGCGGACAGGAAUACCUUUCAUCGAUUUGACAAAUUCAAUGCCAAAUACAACCCUAUUGGGGAGUCUGUUCUCCGAGAGAUCUUCAUUAAAACCGACAACAAGAUUUCUGGGAAGUACUUUGCUCACAUCAUCAAGGAGGUGAUGGCAGACUUGGAGGAGAGCAAAUACCAGAAUGCAGAGCUCCGGCUGUCCAUCUACGGGCGUUCGAGGGAUGAGUGGGACAAGCUGGCACGCUGGGCAGUGAACCACAAAGUGCACUCUCCCAAUGUCCGCUGGCUGGUGCAGGUGCCCCGCCUCUUCGAUGUGUACCGCACCAAGGGCCAGCUGGCCAACUUCCAAGAGAUGCUGGAGAACAUCUUUCUGCCCCUGUUUGAGGCUACUGUGCACCCUGCCAGCCACCCGGAGCUGCACCUCUUUCUGGAGCACGUGGAUGGUUUUGAUAGCGUGGAUGAUGAGUCCAAGCCAGAGAACCACGUCUUCAACCUGGAGAGUCCCCUCCCAGAAGCUUGGGUGGAGGAGGACAACCCUCCCUAUGCCUACUACCUGUACUACACCUUCGCUAACAUGGCUAUGUUGAACCAUCUGCGCAGGCAGAGAGGUUUCCACACGUUCGUGCUGAGGCCGCACUGUGGGGAGGCCGGGCCCAUCCACCACCUGGUAUCAGCCUUCAUGCUGGCCGAGAACAUCUCCCACGGGCUGCUCCUGCGCAAGGCCCCCGUCCUGCAGUACCUGUAUUACCUGGCUCAGAUCGGCAUCGCCAUGUCCCCGCUCAGCAACAACAGCCUGUUCCUCAGCUACCACCGGAACCCUCUCCCUGAGUACUUGUCCCGUGGCCUCAUGGUCUCGCUGUCCACAGAUGAUCCCUUGCAGUUCCACUUCACCAAGGAGCCCCUGAUGGAGGAGUACAGCAUCGCCACCCAGGUGUGGAAGCUCAGCUCCUGCGAUAUGUGCGAGCUGGCCCGUAACAGCGUGCUCAUGAGUGGCUUCUCUCACAAGGUGAAAAGCCACUGGCUGGGACCCAACUAUACCAAGGAGGGCCCUGAGGGCAAUGAUAUCCGCCGUACCAACGUGCCAGACAUCCGAGUGGGCUACCGCUAUGAGACGCUAUGCCAGGAGCUGGCACUUAUCACACAGGCCGUCCAAAGUGAGAUGCUGGAGACCAUCCCAGAGGAAGUGGGCAUUGUCAUGAGCCCAGGGCCUUAGUGCACCUGGUCUGUGCAGUGCUCGUCCCAUCUCAGCGACUUGACUGUGACCGUGAUUAGACCCCUCCCACCUGAUGUGGUCUCUGCAUGUCUCCGUGCUAUGUUUCUGUCCUGCAUGUCUUCGACCAUGUCUUGCCUCUGGGCCACCUCAGUGAAAGCAAGUCCAGGAAUCUGCUUCAUUAUUGUCUCGGCUCAGGUGGUACCUGGUGGCUGAGAUUUAAGAGUUGGCCCUGCUCGUGACCCAUCUCAGAAUUGUCAGAAGUCUGGCUGUCCUAUGGUAUCCUCAGUGUCCACAGGGGCUUGGGAUGGUUGUGUAGGGCUGGCCCCUUGAGCACCGGGAACCCAGGCUUUGGUUAGAGUUCAAGUUGAGUUUCCCUCUUGUUUAUGUGGCUGUGGGACAGGAGGGGCUCGUUAUCUCUCUGCUGUGGCACUGGCUGCUCAGCCUCUGAAGUUCCAGCUGGUCUGCGCUGGGCAGAGCAGGACUUAGGCUCACUCACGGCCCUGGAGGCCUGGCCUGAGGGGCUGGCCCACUGUCCCUGCUGAGUCACUGCCCAUCAGCCCCGUUCCUCCCCAGCCCACGUGUUCCUUUGUUACCAGCCCCCUUGUAUCCCUGUGGGAGGGGGCAGCUGCCCUGACCUGUCUCAGUUGGAGGCUAUUGCAGUUGGAGGGUGCUGGAACUGUUACUAGCUCUGGAGGUGGCACCUUCUUUGGGGGUUUCCAGGUCUUUGACCAGACCCAGUUCCCAGCCAGCCUCUUGUGUUAUGUUCUAGACCGAGGCCUUUGCUAUGAAGAACAGUGUUUCAUAUGACCCAUUUUUUCCUAGUGCAUGAGAAAUAAAAAGAUUAUUUAAUUAA